UUGAGUUCCAACACGGAACAUAUUGGACAAGUGACUACGACCUCUCAAGCGCAUGUAGCCCAACUCUAGUCCUGAACCCGUUUUCCGCCCGUGUGUCAAAGGGAAGGGUCUCCCACCUGCCACGAGGCGCAGCAACAAAUAAACGUGGCCCGCAACCGCUGGAUGAGAAAAUCCUGGAAAUCACAUCGUUUUGGUUUCUCUGCCCCAUUCAAAGUGGUCACAGUGACAAUUUAGCAUGCGUGUGUGAAAACGCUUUGUGGUCUCUUUGUGGCGCGGCCGCGCUGUAAUCUCACAGCUGUGUUGCUUCUGCAGACCUGCGGCGGCCGGCCCGAAGGUCCCGCCGCGCUCCCAAGCCCGUCAAACGUGUGCGGGCUGACAUUUUUCACCGCCUCCCACCCCCCCCCCACGAAAGAGCAUCAAAGCCGCCCGCGUCUUCUCUUCUCUCUAACCACAGACUGAACUUGACAGCUCGAACACAGAUGACUUGGCGAGAGAAGCGGGGUCCACCCUGGCCCUGGCUUGGCCUGGUCGCCAGUCAAUCAGCAGUUCUCAUCCAUCAAUCCAGUUUCUUGACAACUUGUCCUCAUUACAGUUACAAAUCGGUGGUCUCCCUCUCUCCCUCUCUCUCUCUCUCUCUCUCUCUUUCUCUCUCUCCAUCCAUCCAUCCAUCCAUCCAUCCAGCAGCCUGCAUGCGCUCAGCUCCCCGGCGCAGGAGGCUGUCGAUCCGCCGGCAGAGGCGAAGGUGCUGUCCGCCGUUUCUUCCCGCCGGACGGGCUGCCGUCUCUGCUCUUCAUUCCCGGCUCGGAUUUGACUCCCGUCCACUUUUAGAUGAUGUCAGCAGAUUUCGAGGAAGCCUGAAGGCGACGAGCACGUUUUCCAAGAGUUGCCAUGGCUACGGGAGUCGCCGCGUGGCUCCCCUUCGCCCGGGCGGCCGCCAUCGGGUGGAUGCCCGUCGCCAGCUGCCCCAUGCCGGUGGCGCCGCGAGACCACCGUCGCCGGCAGGACGAGCUGAUCGUCCUCAACGUCAGCGGCCGCCGGUUCCAAACCUGGAGGACCACCCUGGACCGGUACCCGGACACCCUGCUCGGCAGCUCGGAGAAGGACUUCUUCUACAACGAGGAAACCAAGGAGUACUUCUUCGACCGGGACCCCGACGCCUUCCGUAGCGUCCUCAACUUCUACCGGACCGGGAAGCUGCACUACCCGCGGCACGAGUGCAUCUCGGCCUACGACGAGGAGCUGACCUUCUUCGGCAUCAUCCCGGAGAUCAUCGGCGACUGCUGCUACGAAGAGUACAAAGAUCGGAAGCGGGAGAACCUGGAGCGGCUUCAGGAUGACCAAGAGGAGAACAAGGACGUCAAGCUGCCCCACAUGAACUUCAGAGAGACCAUGUGGCGGGCUUUCGAGAACCCUCACACCUCCACCAUGGCGCUGGUGUUCUACUACGUGACUGGCUUCUUCAUCGCCAUCUCCGUCAUCACCAACGUGGUGGAGACGGUACCGUGCGGCUCCACCGCCACCCAGAAAGACAUGCCGUGUGGCGAGCGCUACACGGUGGCGUUCUUCUGCAUGGACACGGCCUGCGUCAUGAUCUUCACGGUGGAGUACCUUCUACGUUUGUUCGCCGCGCCCAGCCGCUACCGCUUCAUGCGUUCGGUGAUGAGCAUCAUCGACGUGGUCGCCAUCCUGCCAUACUACAUCGGUCUGGUGAUGACCGACAACGAGGACGUGAGCGGCGCGUUCGUCACCCUGCGGGUCUUCCGGGUCUUUCGCAUUUUCAAGUUCUCGCGCCACUCGCAGGGCCUGCGUAUACUCGGGUACACGCUCAAGAGCUGCGCCUCAGAGCUGGGCUUUCUGCUCUUUUCGCUCACCAUGGCCAUCAUCAUCUUCGCCACGGUCAUGUUCUACGCUGAAAAGGGCUCCAGUUCUAGCAAGUUCACCAGCAUCCCGGCUUCCUUCUGGUACACCAUCGUCACCAUGACGACGCUGGGGUACGGAGACAUGGUGCCAAAGACCAUUGCCGGAAAGAUCUUCGGGUCCAUCUGCUCGCUGAGCGGCGUGCUGGUGAUCGCCCUGCCCGUGCCCGUCAUCGUGUCCAACUUCAGCCGCAUCUACCACCAGAACCAGAGGGCAGACAAACGCCGUGCCCAGAAGAAAGCCAGACUGGCCCGCAUCCGUUUAGCCAAAUCCGGCAGCGCCAACGCCUUCCUGCUCAGCAAACGCAACGGACUCCUCAACGAGCUGCUGGAGCUGACGGGUCCGAACGCCAGCGAGCAGAAAGCGUCCAAGUCGUCGUGUCUUUUAGAGAGCCAACACCACCAUCUGCUGCACUGUCUGGAGAAAACCACUGCUCACGAAUUCGUCGACGAGCAGCUGUACGAACAGAACUAUCUGGAAGCGGCCCUGCAGAGCUUCCCCUCCCGCAGGGCGUCGGUCAGCAGCCGCGACGGCGCGACGCCCACCUGCUGCGGCCGCGGGGCCAAGAGGGACGCGACCUUGCUCGAGGCCCCCCCGCAACCCGGACCCAAGCAACAGGGCCCCCUGCAGGAGCUCAGCGCCAUCCACAUCCAGUGUGUCGAUCGGCCGUCGCACUCCGCCAGUCGUUCCAAACUCAACCUGAAGUCGGACGACGUCGGGAGGCUCAACUGCAAGGGCGGCCGGAUCACGGCGGCCAUCGUCAGCCUCCCGUCGCCCCCCGCCCUGACGGCGCCCGACGGCGCCGACCUCCACGGGCCCCCCGCCCGCAGGCCGCCGCCCCCGCCCCUUUCCCCGGGUCCCAGCAUCCGGACCACCGCCAGCUCGGCCAACGUCGUCAAAGUGUCGGCCCUGUGACGCUUUUCGCCGCCGUGACCUUUGUAAAUACGCGACGGACGCGGGUGGACACGAGCGACCGCUUGGAGAGACGCCGCGCUGCAACUGUCAGACCGGUCCAGUCGGGGGCGCUGUUCCGCUUCAACAACAAAGUCUACUUAAAUAGCUCAAAGAAUGUUUUGUCGUCUCAAAAGUGUUGUUUGUGAUGACUUGAAUUUGUUGUGUGUUGUCAACGAGAAGAAAAAAAAACACAUUUUCUACAACGUGUCGAGUCAAAAACACAAUUUUACACUCAUUUUGUUUUCUAAAAUUGCAUCGGCAACCGGUCUGGGUUGGACCCCACUUCUCUCAAAAUAUGCUCUGUCUAAUAAGGACAAGAGUCACUGAUGGCGUAGUGGUCCACAAGCCUGCCGUGGGAUCGAUUCCCGCUCAGCGAUGGCGUCGAUAUCUGCCCUGCGACUGACUGGCGACCGGUUCGGGGCGUCGUCCGCCAUUUGCCCGGAGCUAGCUGGCAUUGGCUAUGGCUUUCCCGCUACCCUUGUGAGGAUAAGCGGCUUGAGGACAAGUGGUAUAGAAAAAGGACGACCGGACGGACCUUGCGUGGACUGGUACCCCGCUUCUCUCGCCAAAAGUAUUCAGUUAUGCGGGUCAAAACCUUGAGCCAAAAAAGUGCGUUUUAGUCACAGCGGGUCGUCACGUUUAUUUGUUUUAUGAACAUUCAUUCAUUUGCGUUUUUCCUCACGAGCGCACGUGUGGAACGAGAACAAAAGUGAACAAAAGGGUUUUGCGCUACUUCCAGCGAGAGCAACGCGAGCACUCACAACGCGCGCGAUUUCACUCGAUUUUAUGGAAAGCGUGUUUACGUGACAGUGGCUAGCUGUAAUAUCGUCUCGCAAAGGGAGCAAAAUAAUAAUAAUAAUAAAGGAAAAAAGGCGUGUAUGAUUUGUCCAAAAUGAUUUUAAGGUUAAAAAAAAAAAAGUGCAUUUAUUUGGGGAUUAUCUCCUCUUUUUGUGUUCCAUAUGUUCAACAUAUUUUUUUCAACAUCUGCUCAUUUCAG